ACUCAAAAAAAAAAACACCAGUAGGCAUCUAUAGACUAUCCCAUACAAAUGUGGGCAAGAAGUAAAUUCAAAAACCCAAAAAUGCCAUGAGAUUGCGAGAGUGAGAGAGAUAGAGUCAGACUCCCAAAGCAAGAACAACAUAGAUGCUUUUAAACCUCUCUCACUGUUAUGAGAAACCACCUUUUCCCCGGACAGACAACCUCUCCAUCACAAAGAAACCAUGGCUUCAUAAUCCGGCAAGUUAAGACACAUUGAUCUUCAUAAAACUUCAAUGCAGCGAAGUCGGACAACAUAUGACACGACCAUGGCUUCAUAAUCCGGAAAGUUAAGACACAUUGAUCUUCAUAAAACUUCCGAAUGCAGCGAAGUCGGACAACAUAUGACACGACAGGUAAACGCCUACACAGAAACCAUCAUGAAACAAGUAGCAAGGCCUAACCAUCCACAACAAGACCUGAACAUUGGUGAAUGGCAACAAAGAACCUAAGCCGGUGCACAAGAAAAGGCCAUUAUGAUUCCGUUGCAAAAGAACUAAGUUAGUAACGCCAAUGACAUAGCUCCACCCACCCCACCAAAACCAUCAAGCAAAAGAGAUACCAAGGCAGACCCGCCAUUGACAAUAUCUCAACACAGAAGGUCAAACUUACCAACUUGAAAGGAGAAACAGAUUAACCGCUGCUUUGUAGGAGCUCUCAACAAUACGAAGCAGAAGAGAACUAUGGUCGACAGAGACCACCACCAAGAAAAUAACCCAACUCAAAAUUCAGAAUCAAACGGGAGAUGAGGGAUCACCAGAGAAUACACACAAAUAUAUCUGGAACCAUAUCAGAGAGGAGAAGAAGGAGACACCACAUGACACGGAAGAGGAGAGGAGGAAGAGCCUCCCCCGGCUGUGGCGGAACAAUAUUAAUUAGUUAUACAAAUUCUACCUCAUGAUUGCAUAGAUUAAUGAAAAAUUCAGAAUUCUCCUUAGAUUGAUCAUUGUAUUCUUUAUCAGACAGUUCUAAUAAAUCAAUAUACUUCUCCUUUUUCAGUUGCCUUUGCUUAACCGUCCACACUGUUUUGAAGGUAACCUUGACAGCACAGUUACAUGAUGUUGUGACCUUAAGUAGGCUUAUGGAGGUAGAUACGAAGAAUUUUACGCUAAUGGAAAACAAAAUUGAAUCCGUCAAAGUUGGUCCAAUUAUAUCUCUGGUUUUGAGUGGUCAUGAUAUGAAAGAACCUAGAGUGGGACCUUAUCUCUUACGUGAUGGAUGGUUAAAAAGUCAUGGGACUUUUCCAUUGGUCUUGGACGUGUCCUGGGGUGUUAUUGGGACCUAUCUCCGACAAAUCUUCAAUCUAACUACUUUCUAAUUCAGUUUGUGUACCACAGGAAAAGAUAAUAAUAAUGAGAAAAUAUGAGAGAUAUUGGUGGUGGGUUAAGGAGAAGAAGCAGAUGGCUUUGGUGCUGUUCAUGAUAGUAUCAUUGAUGCUUCAACUCCAGAUGAAAGGAUGUGUGGGUUGUCUGGAAACUGAACGGAUGGGUCUUCUGCAACUCAAAUCGUAUCUCAAGAAUGAUUUUGAAGUAGAAGAAGAAAGCAUGAUGAAAUCAUGGAGUCAUGAGGAUCCUAGCAGUGAUUGCUGCCAAUGGGAAAGGGUAAAGUGUAGUGACGCUACCGGUGGCCACGUAGUCCACCUCUCGCUUGAUAGUCUCGAACGCAACUAUGAGUUAAAAGACCAUUCUCUAAAUCUGUCUUUGUUCCAUAGCUUCCCUCGACUCCUAAGUCUUGACUUUUCAUUCAGUAGGUUCAGUGACUUGUUUGAUCCCAUCAACGGUCAUAAGAGCUUUCAGAGACUGGAAAAGCUGAGGACCCUGGAUUUCUACCGAAAUAAUCUCAACAACAGUGUUUUCACUUUUCUAAGUGAAGCAAGGUCGCUCAGGACUCUAAACAUUAGUUACAAUUUACUGGAUGGUGUCUUUCCUCCUAAUGGUCUAGAAAAUCUUGUAGAGUUAGAAGUUUUGAGCUUGGCAGGAAAUACAUUCAACCACGUUAAAUCUAUUCAAGGUGCAGUGCUUCCUUCAUCUUUACACGCAUUGAAUCUUGCCUAUAAUCAAAUAUCAUCGGCCCCAAAAGGCUAUUUAGAGAUUUGCGCAUUAAUGAAUCUUCGAGAGCUGAAUUUAAGAUCCAAUGCUUUGACAAAUCUUCCUUAUUGUCUAGGUAAUUUAAGCAGUAUUCGAACUCUUGAUCUAUCCGAAAACCAAAUGAAUGGAGACUUGUCUUCCUUUGUAUCUGAUCUACCAUCAACGCUCGAGUACUUGUCCCUUUUUGAUAAUGACUUCAACGGUUCGUUCUGGUUUAGUUCACUGGCCAAUCACACAAGACUCACAGUAUUCAAGCUGUCAUCGAAUCUUGGUAUGAUCCAAGCUCAGGCUGAGAGCUCCUGGCUUCCACCGUUUCAGUUGAAGAUACUAAAGCUAAAGAACUUCAAUCUUGGCAGCACGAUUCCUAGCUUCCUGGCUCAUCAACAUGACUUACGCUUCAUUCAUAUUAGUUAUAGCCAGUUGAAAGGACCAUUUCCUGGUUGGCUUGUGCAGAAUAAUACAAGACUGGAGGCUAUUAGACUGAACAACAAUUUGUUGACAGAGCUUCGACUACCUAGGCUUGUUCAUGGACUACGAUUCCUUGAUGUCUCGUGUAACAGGAUAUACGAUUCAAUUCCAGAAGACAUAGGAAUUGUUUUUCCACAUCUGACGUUUAUGAACUUUUCUUCAAAUCAUAAUAAUGGAACCAUUCCAUUUUCUAUGGGCGAGAUGGAAAGUCUUAUAAUCUUGGACAUGUCUUCUAAUCGUCUAUAUGGUCAGCUACCCGAAACGUUUUUACGUGGUUGCUACUCGCUGAGUGUUCUGAAGCUCUCCAAUAACCAACUCCAGGGGAAAGUAUUUCCGAGACAUGCAAAUCUUACUCUUCUAGAAUGGUUGUUUCUUGAUGGCAACCGUUUUGAUGGGAGACUCGAAAAAGGUUUGUUGAACUCAAAGUUUCUAGAGCUGUUGGAAAUAUCUGAUAAUAUGUUUUCCGGCACACUUCCAUAUUGGAUUGGUGAAAUCUCAUACCUAUCCUAUCUAUAUCUGAGGGGAAACAAACUAGAAGGUCAGGUGCCUCAUCAACGACAAAAUCUACAGCUUGAGGUUUUAGACAUGUCGAACAACAGAUUUUCUGGUUCCAUUCCAAGGAAUCUUAAUGUUAUUUUUCUCGGAGAAUUAAGACUACACAGCAACGAGUUUAUAGGCUCAGUUCCGAGCUAUUUAUUCAAGGCUAAGGGAUUAGAGGUGCUCGAUCUGCAGCACAACCGUCUUUCUGGAAUGAUUCUGAAUACUACUAUUGGAAAGACAUCUAAGUUGGGAGUUCUUCUACUAGGGAAUAAUAGCUUUCAGACUCAAAUCCCUGAGAAAAUAUGUCAGCUAAUUAAUGUUGGUCUCUUGGACUUAUCUCACAACAAAUUCAAAGGUGCCAUACCAUCAUGUUUUGGUAAUAUGUCUUUUGGUGCCCAAACAUACGACCGUACGUUCAGUCCAUAUACUGGACGAGGAUUACAAUUCUUGCAAAUUUGGAGCUAUAAAUCUGCUCUUGGUGACCUUGUUGAUGCCGAAUUAGAGGAUGACUUUCAGUCAACACCAGAAGCUACAGUGAACUUUUUUUCGAAAAGCAGAUAUGAAACAUAUCAAGGUGAUAUUCUUCGCGAUAUGUUUGGUCUGGAUUUGUCAAGCAACCAAUUAUCCGGUGAGAUUCCAGUUGAACUUUGGGAUCUUAAGUACAUCAUAUCCCUGAAUUUUUCAAGCAACCAGCUCAUUGGUUCUAUACCAGAUAGCAUUUCAAAUCUGAAGAAUUUGGAGAGUCUGGAUUUAUCUAACAAUAAGUUACAUGGAAACAUCCCUCCUCAGCUAGCUGAUCUCAACAGUUUAGGAGUCUUCAAUAUCUCAUAUAACGAUUUGUCAGGUGAAAUCCCUUUCAAAGCCCAUCUUAUGACCUUUGACGAAAAGAGUUACAGAGGCAAUCCUCAUCUCUGUGGACGUCCUACCAAUAAAAGUUGCAACCUCGAGAGAGCCAGUGUAUCAAACCGAGCUAAAGAGGAAGAAGAGGGUGAUGGUGUGAUAGAUAUGGUGUGGUUUUAUUGGACUUGUGGUGCAGUCUACAUCUCCACAUGGUUGGCCUUGUUUGCGUUUCUAUGCAUAGACUCACGUUGGUCCAGUGAAUGGUUUUAUCAUGUCGAUCUUGUGGUUCAUCAUCUUCAACGCUUCAAGGAUGGCUGCAACUGAGCCUAAGGUGCACUAUUACCAUACAUUCCUCUUUAUAUAGAAAGAAACAUGUCAUGUUUGGUGUUAUUUAUGUUGUAUUAUGUUUGAAUAUGGACAAUCUAAAUCAUAAUUUUUAAAAUUAAAAUAUAAAUAAAAUGUGUGUUUCCGUUUU